AUGAAAGAAAAUUUUUGGGAUAGAUUGGUUGUUAAGACUGGUAGAUUCGUAGAGACAGGAAAGAAAAUAUUUUACUAUGGUUGGGUCCCAUUCAUGUUGUUCCAUGCUUACAAAUCUAUGAGACAACCAAGUGUAAUUGCAUUAUUAGCUGGUGGUGCAAAAUAA